GCUUCUUAGUGCGCCUGUGCGUGCUCGGUCUCACCCGGAACAGCGCCCCUGGCGGCCGGGAGAGGCGGCGGCCGGCGCCCGGGCCCGUGGGCGGGGCUUACGGGCGAGGCUCAUGAGCUCGGUUAGGGUUAGACGCGGCUCAAGACCCGGCUCGGGCAGUUCCCAGUGUUGCGCUCUGAGCAAAUGGCUUGAAGAACUCGGGUUCUUCGCUAUGAGGAUAAGACCAGUUCCUACCUCAAGGGGCUGUUUGCAGUUGAGGGGAAAUAACCGUGCAAAGGGAUGAGCUCCAGCCACAGUGGAAGUCAGGUGGGACUUGUGGAAGCAGAGCCAGAGGACAGCUCGGACUUUGUACACAGGACGUGGCGUCAGGGCCCUGCCGGGAGGUGCUGGGUCAAGGCCUCCCCCAAUCCUGUCACUGUUGCUGCCGUCGCCAUGCUGGCUGCCAGGACUGCAACCCUCUUGACUCUGCUCCUGGCCACCAGCUCCCUGGGCCAGAGGGCUCAGAGACCCCCUAGGCCCCCCUCCUCCAUCAGCACCAUUCAGCCCAAGGCCAACUUCAAUGCUCAGCAGUUUGCAGGGACGUGGCUCCUUGUGGCCGUGGCCUCCUCGUGUCGUUUUCUGCAGGAGCAGGGCCACCGGGCUGAGGCCACCACACUGCACGUGGCUCCUCAGGGUGCAGCCAUGGCCGUCAGCACCUUCCGAAAGCUGGAUGGGAUUUGCUGGCAGGUGCGUCAGCUCUACGGAGACACGGGGCUCCCAGGUCGCUUUCUGCUCCAAGCCCGAGGGGCCCGAGGGGCGGUGGACGUGGUCGUCGGGGAGACGGACUACGGGUCCUUCGCCAUCCUGUACCUGGAGCGGGCACGGCAGCUGUCGGUGAAGCUGUAUGCCCGCUCGCUCCCCGUAAGGGAUUCAGUCCUGAGCGUGUUUGAGCAGCGGGUCCAGGGGGCCAACCUGACCGAGGACCACAUCCUGUUCUUCCCCAAGUACGGUUUCUGUGAGGCUGCUGACCAGUUCCACACCCUGGAUGGCAGCACCCACAGGACUGUGGACAGGUCCCUGCUGAGCCCUUUCACAGCAACGUUCGAGCUGCGUGAAGACAGCCGCCUUGAAGUGUCGUACGCCAUGAUCCGGGGCCGUCGCUGUGUGACCUGGUCUUAUGUACUGAUUUCGGGGACCCAGCCUGGGAAGUUCUCGGUGGACAACAGCGGAGUGCCCGGGGGAGACCCAGAGGAGGUCCAGGUGUACGACACCGACUACACCACGUUUGCCCUAGUGCUCUCCAGGAGACAGUCCGGUGACCAGGGGAUCCUCAGGAUCUACCUGCUGUGCAGGAUGUGGGCCAUACAGACUGAGGUGCUAGACAAAUUCGUCUGCCUGGUCAGAGCGCAGGGCCUCUCGGAUAACAACAUUGUCUUCCCGGACUUGACAGGUAGCCGGCUCCCGGGGUGCGCUGGGGGCCUGGACUGAAAGUGGGCGUCUGCCCUUGGGCCCCCGAAGCCCUGCGGUGGCCCUGUGGUGGGGGGGGGCCACAACCUGCACUCGAGGUCACAUGUGGGGUCCCAGCACCCCCAAGUGUUCAGCCUGAGCCCGAACUAGGCUACAUGACUCCUUGGUCUUCCCCCCACCACCCAGGCCCCAACCUAGGCCACCCCCUCCUCACUCCAGGAGCAUUUCCCACUGUGUUUCUUGCCUCUGGCCCUUUGCACGUGCACAAGAACAGGCACAUCCACUGACAGGCAUGUGCACAAAACACGUACAGAUGCACACACAGAGACGUGCAGAGCCUACACACGAGCAUAUGCCACGCACACACGCGUGUGCACAGGGAGAGAGGCACUCCGGCGCACACAGGCUCCCAAGCAUGCACACUGCACACCCAUGGUGCCCAGGUCUGCAGUGAGUCUGGGGACCCGAGGUGGUGGUGGGGCGCUUCCUGAGGAGCCCAGGCUGGGGGCAGGACAGCGCCCUGGGGUGCAUGUCCCUCAGCCCCACCCUUCCCCUUCCCCUGACGGGACUGCAGGCUCCCUUCCUCCCUCCCUCCUGCCCCUCCUCCUCUUCGUGUGUGUGUGUGUGUGUGUGUGUGUGUGUGUGUGUGUGUGUGUGUCUCAGCCUCCCUUCUGGCUCCGCCCCCUCUCUCCCUCCAACCCCACCCCUCCGUCCUGAGGCUCUGUCUCUCCCCGCAGACUGGUCACUCCACCCAGAUGCCUGUUGAAGGAUGAGGUGCUUCCUCCCCCAGCCAGGUGCUGCCUCACUGUCCCGUGUGAAAUAAACACGCCGGGUUGGGA